GUUACCGGAACUAUCUACGUGUGCAUUUUCGCGACAGUUCAGGAAGCAUCAUAUGCAAACAGCUACAAAAAACGAGCAGUAGUUUGUGCUUUCUCAUGUGAAGGACUAUAAGAGAAACAGCACCAUGUUGCCGACCACAAACAGCAACGGUGCCCUGGCUUCCAGGGACGCUGCACGCCACACAGCGGGCGCGAAGCGCUACAAGUACCUGCGGCGGCUGCUUCAUUUCAGACAAAUGGACUUUGAGUUCGCCCUGUGGCAGAUGCUUUACCUGUUUACCUCUCCUCAGAGGGUGUAUCGCAACUUCCAGUACAGGAAACAGACUAAAGAUCAGUGGGCCAGAGAUGAUCCUGCUUUCCUGGUCCUUCUCAGCGUCUGGUUAUGUGUGUCAACAAUAGGCUUCGGUCUUGUGUUGGAAAUGGGAGUCGUGGAGACGCUGAAGCUGCUGCUCUGGGUCGUCUUUGUUGACUGUAUAGGAGUCGGUCUGCUCAUAUCAACUAUAAUGUGGGUGGUCACCAACAGAUACCUGCUGAAACAACCCAGCAGAAACUUUGACGUGGAGUGGGGCUACGCGUUUGACGUUCACCUCAAUGCUUUCUACCCGCUUUUAGUCAUCCUGCACUUCCUGCAACUUUUCUUCAUCAACCAUCUUGUGGUGAUAAAUUAUGAUUGGUUCCUGGGAUAUUUUGUCGGGAACACUCUAUGGUUGAUUGCUAUUGGUUAUUAUCUCUACAUAACCUUCUUAGGGUACAAUGCUCUACCCUUCCUGAAGAACACCGUGGUGCUGCUCUACCCCUUUGCUUUGCUUGGCCUCCUUUACGUCCUCUCCAUAUCACUGGGCUGGAACUUCACUCAGGGUCUCUGCUCUUUUUACAAGUACAGAGUCAUGUAGGACCGUCUUGCCUCUGAGAGUGGACACUAGCUGGCUCCAGGCUGACGCAAAAUCUGUUUUCAGCUCAUCUCUACGUGACAAUGACUCCACGUCCAGCUGCUGUCAGACAGGAUUUAGCUAAGAGGGACCUCUGGUGGACUCUUGGUAAACUGGUUGAUUGAUGCCGAGCUGGGUGACACUGCUCAGCUCUCUCUUGAUUUUCUGUUUGGCUGUGAUGUUGAGCUGCGGCUACAAAGUCAGUAAAUGGUGAUGUGUUCAGACUGGUGACAGAAACGACAGGGGGUGGGGAUGAGACGCAGCUUUUACUGUUGUUCUUUUGUAUGAUUUGUAAAUAUGACUCUGGCAGGUUGUAAUAUAAACACAGAGGUUUGUUUCUGAUGAGUUUGCUUUGUUUCUUUGAGUUUUCUUAAAAAAAAUAAUCAAAUCCUGCUUAUUGAAGAAGAAAAAAAAAGGAAAGUGGAGAAACAUGGGAUGCAAACUUUUUUCUUUCUUUUCUUUUCUUUUCUAGAAGUGUACAUUCCGAAGCACUUUCAAUAAAAGGUUUUAACUUAAA